UUUCUCACAUUGAGGGGUACUGACCCCAAACAAAAAUCGAUUUCCACUCCCUAAAGGUAUUUCUCCCUUUAUUCGCCUUACCAUAACCCACAGAAACGAGAUCUACGAAUGGACAAACGAAAAUUUUGUUCCGGCAUAACAUCUAUUAUUUUCACCACCGUCAUGUCUAGAUCAAUCGCCAAGGGAUCAAUAGUCGGAAUAAUCUUGGGUGUAUGUUUUCUCGUUGGAACUUGCAUUUUGCUGUGUGUUUUCGUAAGAAAAAGACAACCAGAGGAACUUGAUGACGAGUUCUUUGUCGAUACUGUACCGGGGAUGCCUACCCGAUUUUUAUACGAUGAUUUGAAAACCGCGACCAAUGAUUUUAACAAUAAGCUCGGGGAAGGAGGAUUUGGGUCAGUCUUUCAAGGGAUAUUGAGUGAUGGCACCCAAGUAGCGGUGAAGCGUCUCGCCGGUUUAAGUCAGAUCAAGAAGUCAUUCUUGGCCGAAGUUCAGACAAUAGGCAGCAUCCACCAUGUCAAUUUGGUAAGAUUGAUCGGAUUUUGUGCUGAAAACUCUAAUAGGCUUCUAGUCUACGAGUACAUGUCCAAAGGGUCCUUGGAUAAAUGGAUAUUCAAAAGACAUCAAGAGCUCACUCUCGGGUGGGAAUCCAGAAGGAAGAUCAUCGCGGAUAUAGCCAAGGGACUAGCCUAUCUCCAUGAGGAAUGCCGACAGAAAAUAUAUCAUUUGGAUAUCAAACCCCAAAACAUCCUCCUAGACGACAACUUCGCCGCAAAAGUUUCCGAUUUCGGAUUGGCAAAACUAAUUGAUAAGGACGAAAGCAAAGUUGUAGCGACGUUGGGGGGAACCCCGGGCUACAUGGCUCCUGAAUGGUUGAGCUCAAUUAUCACAGAGAAAGUAGAUGUCUAUAGCUUUGGGGCGGUGGUCUUAGAGAUCUUGUGCGGACGAAAGAUUUUGGAUAGAUCUCUGCCAGAGGAAGAGAUGCACUUAUUAGGUUUAUUCCGAAGGAAAGGAGAAGAGGGGCAACUUUUGGAUAUGGUCGAUGAAUAUAAUGCUGAUAUGAAAUCGCAUGGAGCAGAAGUGGCGGAGAUGAUGAAGCUUGCUCUGUGGUGUCUCCAAAGUGAUUACAAGAGGCGGCCUUCAAUGACAGUGGUGGUUCAGGUCCUGGAAGGCUUCGUUAUUGUUGAAGACGAUUUGGACUUUAACUUCACAAAUGCUCCCGCAAUAAUAAAAAUAAUUGCGCCUACUGAUGAAGACACGGAUGCAAUUCUUGAUGGCACUACAUUAUUUGCAUCGCAUCUGUCAGGGCCAAGGUGAGGCGAGUUUCUAGAAACAGUAAUGCUAGGUACAAAGAAAACUUAUCCCGAAAAAAAAAAUCAGUAGUUGAGAAACUGAUUGCCUUUUUCAGAAUACUUUCGGCACAAAUUUUCUUUGUAUGUAGCAACGAAAUGACAUUCAUUUGAUGGGGUGUAAAUGACGUGUACAAAAUAAGUGGUUCCGAUGGCACAGGCAAGUUUUCUUUGUAUGUAGAGGCAAGAAUUGCCAAUUAUUUCCCACAUUCCGAACCAAUGUAAAAUACAAAACACUUUCCAUACUUCAAACAAAAAUCAUGUGAUUGCUUUGGAGUCAAUUUUUAUUCACUCCCAAAUGGUUUCGUUAAUUAUUAAAUUAAAAAAUCAUUUUA